GAAUAGUAGGGGCCUCCUAAGACCGAGCCCUGAGGAACUCCAGAAAGGACUCGUAGACCAGUUGAAGUACAUCCGUCUAUUCCAACAAAUUGCUCUCUGCUCAGUAGAUAACUAUUCAUCCACUUUACAAUGUACUCAUUGAUGUGCAGAUACUGAAGGUGCUUCAAAAGAGCAACAUGUGCAUGGGACAGAAUUAAAAGCUUUUUUGGACAUAGAAAAAUACAAUACAGACCAUCCCCUGUCGACAGCCCUGCUCCAGUUAUCAAUCACUAGCUUGAAUGAGAGCUGACACAGUUGAACGUGACGACAUAAAGCCCCAUUGCCUUAGGGAAAUUGGUGAAUGUAAUUUCAUGUGCUCCUCCAUAAGUGCUUUUACGUGUUUUUCCAGGGUCUUGCUUACAACUGGUAAUAUUGAUAUUGGCCGGUAGUUGUUGACCAGUGAUGGAUCACCACUCUUGGAUUCCAAUGCUCCUACAACCAGAGGCAAUACAUUUGCUCUUGCAUUUAUGAGAGAUAGUAAUGGACGAUCCGAGAUAACACUUUAUAUUACGACGGAACAAAAUGUAUCAAAUUUUACUAUCGAAACAAAGUUGCAUGGCCUAACAGGAUUCAACGAGACAUCACCUGACAGUGGAUUGUUCUCUCGUAUUGGCACAGCUCGGAGGGGGGAGUUCACAUUCAUUCAAUUGCAAGCUGCUGCAAACAUUAGCGGACUACCAGACUUAUCAGUACAGAGUAAUGGCAAUAAUGAUACAAGUGAUAGACAAAAGGGACUGAUCUUAACUGCAGAUAAUCAGAGUGAUGAGCUCACAGUAUAUGCUCUUAGCAGUACUAGAUCCUCAACUGGUACCUUCAUGGCUAUUAACUGUGUCGAGUUUCCAACGGCGAGAGACUACCAAUAUUUUAUAUUUUCAUUAUAUUAUAUUGGAAGUGAUAGUGGUAGCCAGUUUCUCAUGACACCCUGUCAAGAUAACACAACUAUUCAUGUUAGACCAUCACAACCAUACACUCAUCCCUCCUGGGUGAAUCCAAGUGUGCAGCGUACAACUCCGGGUACCUCUCAGGAAGAAGCUAUCUAUGGACGCCGUUUCAAUCGCUUUGAUACUCUGUUGCUUAUCAAUGAUGGUGAUUUGACCGGCACUAUCAUUACAUCUGACAAGCCAUUGUCUGUUUUCAGUGGCAUAAGUGACACUACUGAUUAUUGUGUGGAGCAAAUUCCAUCACACCCAACAUACGGCGAUUUAUUCUUUCUUUUAUCGAUUGAACCUUUUGGGGGGUCUAUGUUUCGAAUAGGCUCUAUCAGUGAUGAAGCUUUUAUACAAGUCAACUGCCCAUGUCGGCCAGGCUCUGUGAGUAAUAAUAGAGUGCCCCUUUCAGGUUCUGGGGCACUUUUCACUGCUGUUAUAAAUCGAGGCCAAUACGUUGAAUGUUUUUUUUUCACAACAACAUUUUGUAGCGUCCAGUCGACACGUCCAGUUACAGCUAUGAGUUACCACAGUAGAUUAGGAUACUCGAUGGUGUAUACACCACCUGUUGAUUCCUAUCUGACUCGGUACAGUCUCACAAGUCUGUCAGGUAAUGAUCCUGUGUCCUUGAGCUACACUCUCCAGGAUCUAAACUCUCCAGGAUUACUAGUCAAUGGAGAUGUAUUGACACCGUCUGAUGGUUUCACUAACAUCAAUUGUAGGUAGAACUGUUUUGAGUCAAUGGUGUGUGGGCGGGGAGCUACUGAACACUUUGACCAACAAACCUUUGAUAUACAAUUUUCUGGUGAUGUACCGUUCUGGGGGUGUGUACAAAGCUUUGCUAUAGACGUUAGAGUAACUUACCCUCUACCGUUCGAGAUGAGACCAAUAGGAUUGGCCUGGAUCCAAGCUCAAGACAUUGUUGUUGUGGAAACAGUGGGUCUAGUGGAUAUGGAGUUCAUGAUAACAAGAGGAGACCGUUCGGUAAUAACAAGAGCUUUUGCUGUCACUAGAAGUUUGUCUGCAACAGAAGGAGAGGACUACCAUUUAACUGGCUUCUGCCGAGGUACUGGUAAUAGUAACUUGGAAUGGAGACCUGGUAAUUCAGCUCCCAAUGUUCGAUUUAUUGUACCCAUAAUUGAUGAUGACAUUCCGGAACCAGUUGAAGUAUUAGAGAUUGUAGUUGAAUGUGAAGAUAAUGAAAACUGUUAUCUACCACGACGAACUUACACCAUCACCAUUAUAGACGAUCAAGCUAUUUGCUUUGACCUGCCUGAAAUUGGAAAUGGUACCUUGGACUAUGAUAUGGGGGAAGAUGUGUUUAAUGGCACUAGACCAAAUGGAACUGUUGCUACAUACACUUGUAUCAGUGGAUUCAGACUGGAUGGAAAUGCCAGUAGAACAUGUGACACUGGAAAUUGGACGGGCACUGUACCUGUGUGCACAGAAAUCUUUUGCUCUGACCUGUUUCAAAUUGACAAUGGUACACUGAGUUUCAAUGGCUUUCCCUUGAAUGCCACUAAACCGAAUGGAACUGUUGCAACGUACACUUGUGAUGACGGAUUCAACCUUGAUGGAGAUACCACUAGGAUAUGCUUCGAUGGAUAUUGGACGGGUACUGAACCUGUGUGCACAACAAACCCAACAAUGUCAACUAUGCAGCCAACCAAUCAGGGAGGAGGUGUGUCUGACCCUGUGAUUAUCAGCCUUGCUGUUGUCGUGGUUGUGGCUGCUCUUGCUAUACUGGCAAUAAUUUGCUGUCUCUGCUUUUUAAGGUCGAGACAAAACAAACAAGAGAGACUAAGAGUGUCUACUAUAAGAAUGAGGAAGCUGUCUAAUCGAAGUACUCUUAUGGAUUAUCAAAUGCGAGAGAUCGUGAAAUAUGUUCCAGAAUCAAUGAGAAUUCCCAGCUCCAAUCUGAAACUGCAAGAUGCAGUCGGUCAAGGAGCAUUUGGGAUUGUAUACAAAGGACUACUAAUGGACUGGAACAACGUUGCCAUGAGGGGCGUGGCUUUGAAGACUCUGAAAGGUCUGUUCACUCAGAGUGAUGUACAGAGCAUGGUGAGUGAGAUCACUAAGAUGCAAGAGUUCCACCACCCUCACGUCAUGCCCCUGAUUGGGGUGUGUCUCGACGCUGGACCUGGUGUUUCCAUGGUGAUGCCGUAUAUGACCAACGGGAGUCUACUAGACUACUUGAAGAAAGAGAGAUCUGCGCUAGAGUUGGCAGAAGGAGAGGAUUCUGAGAAGGUGUUAGCUGUGAGGAAGCUGUUGUUGAAGAUGUGUCAUCAGAUAGCUCUUGGAAUGGCCUAUCUUGCUCAGCACAAGUUUGUCCAUCGAGACUUGGCUGCCAGGAACUGCAUGUUGGAUUCAAAUGGUGACGUCAAAGUUGGUGAUUUUGGUCUGGCCGAGGACACGUAUGCGCAAGGAUACUUCAGACAGGGUGAAACUGAGGGAGUCAAACUGCCGUACAAAUGGUUGGCAAUGGAGAGUCUAAAUGAUGCUAUAUUCAACGAGAAGACAGAUGUGUGGUCGUAUGGUGUGACUGUAUGGGAGGUCUUCAGUAGUGGCCGGACCCCCUACCCUGGAGUGGACCCAAUGUCCCUAGUGGCUCUACUCAGAGAGGGCAAGAGAUUGGAACCUCCCCAGAAUAUUGCCUGCUCUACAGAUAUGAUCUCGCUGAUGACCACAUGUUGGUACGAGGAUUCUGACGAGAGGCCAUCCUUCGAUGAGCUAGCAGCCGAGUUGGAGAAAGUUCUGAGCACCAUGGUGGGCUACGUGGAACUGAACAUGGAGCUAGUCCCCAUCACUGAGGAUGAACACAAGUAUGAUCAUGUCUUCUCGCUCGAAGAGCAGAGGAAACUUGCCGAGGCUGCUACUGAGGAGGUUGCCAUAGAAACAAAUACUGCAUACGGGUUAGGAUCCGAAGCUGUCCUCUCACUCGAAGAGCAGAUAAAACUUGCUGAGGAGGUUGCUAUGGAAGAGAAUGCUGCAUACUGGUUAAGUGCCGAAGAUCAGUUACACGCUGAACAAGUAACCACGGAAACCAAUCUCGCUUAUGGGCUGAGAAGUGAACACGAGUUACAGGAAAAUCCAGUCGAACAAGUUACUGACUCAGCUCACCAUUUCAACAGUGACCCUCAACAAUCUCCACUGCCAGAGUACGAAUCUCGAGGCAUGAAGCCGGUCGACACCACUGGAUAUGCUAAUGUACUGCACGGACGAUCUUCUUACGAAACUUCUGUUUAGAACAGUUUUUACAAAAUUCCUUACAUGAAGUCGUAUUAGUACAACCAGUAGGUUGUAUAUAGGAUUGACAGUGCAGUUGUGUGUGUUUUCAAUUAUUGCAUAAAUUUUAACUCG